AUUCGUUACAUAUCUGCUACCACUCAUUGCAUCUCACACUGGCGUUUGUCACGACCCCUUCGCUGACAGCACGUGGCGUGUAACUUCACAUUCGACACCCUAUGAUCUCAACAUGGUGCAUGGUACCGAUGAAGUCGCUCGAGCAGGCGAACAAUCACAGAGAUUGACGGUCGCGUUCCUGGCACUUGCGUGGUUUUUUAUCCUUCUUCGAGUAUGGACUCGCACCUGGAUCAUCGCAAACUUCGGCUGGGACGAUGCGAGUAUGGUCUUGGCUGGUAUGAUCUUCACCCUCUUCUCGGGAUCUCAGUUGUACCUUGACGGCAACGGUGGAGGCACGCAUAUCACAAGCCUAGAAAAGUUACAGGAUCUUACAAAAUGGGUUGUUGUAAGCGAAUCGACUUACCUUGUGGCAAUGAUGACCGUCAAGAUCUCGAUUGGCAUCUUCUUCAUGCGCAUCGUGGUCGCAUCCUGGCACCUCAUGCUCAUAUAUGUGACGAUUGGUGUCAAUGUGGUAUCAUCGGUCGCGUCCUUCUUUUACGUCGUCUUCCGCUGUGGUCCCAACGUCGAUCGAUACGUAUUGCAACAGUUGAAAAACCAAUGCACCCCGCGAGUGCUUGACCGGUUCAUGGCGUAUCAGUCAGCUGUAUUCUCUACACUUACCGACCUCGUAUUUGUUUUAUUACCGGUUGUGGUCCUCUGGAACGCAAACAUGGACCGGAAAUCGAAGAUCUCAGCUGGUUUCAUCCUGUGCCUCGCUGCAAGCGCCUGUAUCUGCUCUAUUAUUCGUUUUCAGUACGUCGAUGGUCUAACUCAGAUUGAUGAUUUUUUCUGGAACGCCACGAAUAUUGCGAUUUGGUCCACAAUCGAAUGUGGCGCAAGUAUCAUAGCAGGAUGUUUAGCAACUCUUCGCCCGUUUCUCAGGCGUAUAUUUGCAACAGCUGAUACAAUCACGAAAUCCAUACGGUCCUCCACCUCGCGGUCAAACGGAAGCUCGAAGCGGACUAAUGAAUCAACGUCCACCAACACUCAUUUUGGCUCAAACCAAAGUAGAAACGAGGGGUCAAUUACAGACAAACCCACCUUUGCCGAGUUUAUUACGGAACCCGGCGAGGCCAUCGAACUAUCGAGUGACGCAGGUGGCGAGCGAGAGAGCCAAGACCAGAUCCUCCGCCAGCAGGAGCAAUCGGCCUCAGAGUUCCCCUGCCCCAUCAACAUAGUCGAGAAUCCUGCUGAACCAACAUGUACAGCUCCGAUGCAUUCAAAGCAUAGGAGCUGGAGUUCGAGACACAUGGCUGGAAGCUACAGAGGGACAUGAUAUCGCAACUCAUCUGCGCCAUCAUUAAUCCUACUCAUUCGCAGCACCUGGUGAUCUAUCAGCAGAGGAUAGCUGCAGGGCCAUCUUUCCCCCGUUCAAGACAGGAA